AGUUGUUAGCCAUCAGUUACUUUUGCCUUAUCUGUUUUAGUCAGCACAGCCAUAACCUCAGUUACAUAAACAGAAAUAGAAAUGGGAGAAGAAGUGAGCAACAAACAGAUAAUUCUAAAACAUCAUGUAACUGGUAACGUUAAGGAAUGUGACAUGGAAUUGAAGAAGACGACCAUCAAAUUGAAUGUUCCAGAAGGAUCUAAUGCUCUGCUUUUGAAAAAUCUUUACUUGUCAUGUGAUCCUUAUAUGCGUUCUCGUAUGAGUAAAACUGAGGGUAGUUAUAUUGCACCUUUCACUCCUGACGCUCCUAUCAUGGGAAUCGGAGUGGCUAAAGUUUUGGAGUCUGGUGAUUCAAACUUUCAAAAAGGUGAUUUAGUUUGGGGAAUGACUGGAUGGGAGGAGUAUAGUGUUGUAACAACUAGUCAGACUUUUUUUAAAAUUCAUGACAAGGAUGUGCCUCUUUCCUACUAUACCGGAAUCCUCGGGAUGCCUGGGAUGACAGCUUAUGCUGGUUUUUAUGAGGUUUGCUCCCCCAAGAAGGGAGAAACUGUUUUUGUUUCAGCUGCUUCUGGAGCAGUUGGUCAACUUGUUGGGCAAUUUGCAAAGAUGAUGGGUUGCUAUGUUGUUGGUAGUGCUGGAAGCAAAGAAAAGGUUGAUCUAUUGAAGAGCAAGUUUGGUUUUGACGAAGCUUUUAACUACAAAGAGGAACAUAAUUUAGAUGCAACUUUGAAGAGGUACUUCCCUGAUGGAAUUGACAUCUACUUCGAGAACGUUGGAGGGAAGAUGCUUGAUGCAGUUCUUGUUAAUAUGAAAGUUCAUGGCCGUAUUUCUGCGUGUGGGAUGAUCUCGCAAUACAACCUUGAGCAGACCGAAGGUGUGCACAACUUGUUCUGCCUCAUAACAAAACAAAUCCGCAUGGAAGGAUUUGUUGUUACUGACUACUAUCAUCUCUACCCUAAAUAUUUGGAAAUGAUCAUUCCACAAAUAAAGGCUGGUAAGAUUGUGUACGUUGAAGACGUAGCUGAAGGUCUCGAAAGUGCUCCCAGUGCUCUAGUUGGUCUCUUCUCUGGUCGCAAUGUUGGAAAGCAAGUUGUGAUGGUUUCAACUGAAUGAAUUUACACAAACUAGUCCUGGGAACGUCGUUGCACGUGUGUCACAUGCUAAGUUGUGUGGAGUUGUUAUAAUGAUAUUUAUAUACUCGGACAUGUAUGUUGCUCGUGUAUCACAUGCUAAUAAAGUACACGAACUUUGAAAAUAUUAUAAUAAAUGUGUGAUAAGUUGCACAAAAAUUGAAGAAAAAUAUACAAGCUCAAACCAAUAACUUCAAUUA